AUGGACAAAGCUAUUCCUGGCGUCGCUGGCGUGAGCAACUCGCUACAGACCAACGAUACACGCAGUCUGCUUGAUACAGUAGAUCGUCUGCGCUCGCAGGGCAUCAGCCGUUAUGUUGAUCUACCAGAGAUUGUCGUCUGCGGUGAGCAGUCGUCUGGCAAGAGCUCCGUCCUGGAGGCGAUUUCAGGUGUCAAGUUUCCAAGCAAAGACAACCUAUGUACCAGGUUUGCAACGGAGCUGAUAUUGCGUCGUGGCCCCAUGGCACCUGUCAAAAUUAGCAUCGCGCCAGACUCCCAAGUCGUUCGAACAGAUGACGAAAAACAGAUCCUCCUCAACUUCAAGGUCUCGACUGCGCUGGAAGACCUACACCUCGACACAAUCAUAGAAUCAGCCAAGGUCGCCAUGGGCAUCAACGACACCAACAAAGCUUUCAGCUCAGAUAUACUCCGAGUCGAGGUCUCUGGACCUGACCAGGCACAUCUCACCCUUGUCGAUCUUCCCGGUCUUUUCCAAGCGGGAAGUCGUGGGCAAUCUGACGCAGACAGCGAAAAAGUCAAAUCACUUGUUUUGAGAUAUAUGAGGAGUCCGAGAACGAUUAUCCUGGCCGUCGUCUCCGCCAAGAGUGACUUCAACAAUCAGUCAAUCACACGAUUCGCGCGAGAGAUCAUGAUGUAA